UGAUUGUCUACUCAUUCACGUGUGGAGAAGCAGGAACCACAUUUCUUGGCAUUUCUCAGAGUCUCACUCUCUCUUGUCUCUGUUUCUCCUGUGGUUUCUCCUUUAUAACCAAACUUUCAAGCAAAUGGCUGGAACUUUCUAUAAUUCGUGAUUCUAUGCAUAUAUAAAGACAAGUAUCUAUGAUUAAUGCUAGAAGAGAGAAGUAGUAGUGUCUCUAAUGCUAAUAAACCAGAGAAGAAGACUUAUUAGUAAACGUGCUUUUAUAAUAAGUGGGGGCAGUGUAGUUAAGCACGUUAUACCUGUUUGAUCAAAAAUGAGUAAUCCUAUUAAGCUUAAAGAAGCUUUUGAAGUAGAGUCCAAACAUAGUGCCUUCUACACCGGCGGCAACAUUCAAUGGAUUGAAGACACUUUAUACUGCCAAACGGCUUCCGCCAUCAACCUCCUCGAUGUGGAAACGGGCUCCGUCACGAAAAGCAUUGGAAAUGGAAGCGAAUCUGAAGAGGUUGACUCAAUUAAUACCUUCACUACUGAUGGGACUCAGUUUGUAACUUCCCACGAAAGUGGACUGUUGAAACUAUGGAGCCUAGAGGGGACAGUGGAAAAAAUGUGGAAAUCCAUCCACAAAGGGCCAAUUGCCAAGCUCAGCCUCAAUGGAAGCAGGCUGGCCUCUGGUGGAUCGGAUGGCAGAGUUCGCAUAUGGGAUUUACAACAUCAAGCUUGUCUUUUAGCUCUAAAAUGCCAGCAAGGUGUCGUAAAUGUUGUUGAGAACCAUCCUCAUGAAGACGAAAUUUUCGCCUCUGCAGAUGAUGGGGUGAUCGACUGCUUCGAAUUAUCUAAAGGACAACUGAAAACCAAAUACGAGGGCCACUUCAGCAAAGUCACCUCAAUCGCCUUUUCACAUAACAAGGAGAAUUUCGUCUCUUGCGGCCGAGAUAAGGUGAUCAUCUUGUGGCAAUUCAAUAAAAGUACCGCACUCAAAGCCAUUGCAGUGAACGAGGCAAUUGAAGUAAUUGUUAGUCUGCCCCAGAAGUUUACUGUGCCUGGUUUUAAGGGCAACUCUGAUGGGGUUUAUGUUGCCUCAGUUGGAGAAAAUGGUAUUAUCCGAGUAUGGGAUGUUAUCAACGCCAAAACUGUUUACACGCAAACAAACUCACUAGUAUCAAAAGCGGCUGAAGAAGGCGGCUUGUCCAUCACGCAUCUGAUGUUGAAUGAGAAGUCAAAGAGCUUAGCUGUAGUCAGUGUGGAUCAUAACAUAGCAAUCCAUCAUUUGAAAUCCUUUACGUGUUUAAAGCAGUUUGUUGGUUUCUCCGACGACAUUCUGGACAUAGCCAUUUUCGGCCAAGACGAUAGCCAUAUAGUAGUGGCCACGAACUCAAACGAUAUAAAGUUGUAUGAGAACACAUCCAUGAGUUGCCAGCUGCUAAAGGGGCAUGAGGACUUUGUCCUUUCGUUGGCUGUUAGUCCGUUGAACCCCAACUUAAUGGUAUCGGCUGGCAAAGAUAACAGCGUGCGUCUUUGGCAAAUGGAGAACGCGGAAGUCAAGUGUAUCGGCGUCGGAAAACGACAUACCCAUUCAAUAAAAUCGGUCUGCUUCUUUCCAAAGAGUAAACUUUUUGUGUCGGCAAGCGACGACACGUGCCUGAAGGUUUGGGAAAUACCGCAGGCAAAGAAAAAUAUAGAAUUAAACGGCAAAACAACCAUCAACUGCAAACACACGGUUAUUGCACAUGAAAAGGAAAUAAACUGCGUGACUGUGAGCCCGAAUGACAUGCUCGUUGCAACCGCAUCUCAGGACAAAACUGUGAAACUGUGGAAGAGCGAAAGACUCGAAAUAAUGGGAGUUUUGAAGGGUCACAAACGAGGAGUAUGGAGCGCAAAGUUUUCUCCUGUGGACCAGGUCAUUGUCACCUCUUCGGCUGAUUGCACGAUUAGACUUUGGUCUGUAGCGAAUCUGACCUGCUUGAAAACCUUGGAAGGGCACGAUUCCAGCGUGAUAAAAGCCGACUUUUUAUCUAAGGGAUUGCAAGUGAUUAGUGUGGGAGCCGACGGACUUAUCAAGCUCUUUAACUUGAAGAACUCAGAAUGCCAAUGUACUUUAGAGCAGCAUGAUGCCACGAUCUGGGCCUUGGCCAUUAAAAGCAACGAGUCCGGUUUUAUAACUGGCGGCAGUGAUUCACAGUUGAUCAAGUGGAAAGAUGUCACAAUGGAUAGAAAAGAGCAGAAGCUAAAAGAACUGGAGGAAGUGGCUGUGGAGGAGCAGAAGCUGAGCAACUACAUACAAAGCGAUCAGCUGCUGAAAGCCCUUAAACUGUCGCUGAAGCUGGAAAAGCCGAUGCAAUCUUUGAAGAUCGUCCAAGGAAUUUUGAAGAAGGGAGAUGAAGGAUUGCCGGAUGUAGUAAAAUCGCUUAGAAAUGAUCAAAAAGAAAGCCUGAUGAAUUUCGCCUUAAACUGGAACAUGAACAGCAGAAACACCCAUGCAGCUCAAUUGGUGCUGAACAUUUUGCUAAAGGAAAUGCAGACCAGCGAGUUUAGGCCUGUAGGUUUAAGCAAACUCACUGAACAAGCGCUGCCGUAUACGGAACGGCAUUUUAAAAGAGUUAGUAAACUAAUGCAAGAUGCUAAUUUGAUUACGUACACCCUUAACUGUAUGCAGCCUCAUGCGCGAAGUAUUGGCGAAUGACUGUGAAAGGACAGGAUUUGUAUAUAAUUUUUGUGAUAACUUUCCAGACUUGGCAACAUGAUUGUAAAAAAACACCGUUAUCAUUAGUUUUUUAGAUUUAGUUUAUGCAGGUUUUUACAAUUCGCGUUGUAGGUUGCUGGUUUUUACACUUAUGCAGUAGAAUUUUCAUAAGA